AUGGUUUAUAGAAAAGUCACCCUUAGGGUAUCAUGGGUAUUCUUACUGACACUUUCAUUAUCAAUAUUCAUUAUUAUCGAUGCCGGCAUCUUGAACCUAAGAUCCGGCAACACUUUUACAUACAAUAGAGAGAACUUUGUUAAACGUCUUUUAUACUUUGACGAUUCAUCACCCUCUAUUUUAGCACAGAAUAAUUCUGCAAAGAUACAAGAUCGAGAAUGUCAAAAUGACGUGGAUUGCUAUAGUGGAAUUGGUACCAAUAUUUCGUCGAUACUAGGAGAUUACGCAUGCGUGGACAACAAGUGUAAAUAUGUUGUUGCUGCUGGGGAAAGAUGCAACAUUGAUUCGGACUGCGCCGCCUUCCUAUACUAUUCCCGAGGAAAUCAAACCGUCAACAACACUCUGUGUUCUGCUAGCAACUGCAAUCUAAACUCGGAAUGUAGUAGCGCGUGGGAUCCAGAAAAAUUCAAAUCACCUUUACCCCACUUUGACAAAUUAAUGUGUUGUGGUGGUAUUAAGGAAAACGAUAAAUGUCUUAUGGUCGCAACGAACGUUGAUCCGUGCGAUUAUGGCUUGGGUUGUGAGCUCAACGUUCAAGGAAGUUCUACCGACCAACUACAAUACACAUGUGUCUCCAAAAAAAAUUCUGUUAUGCUUGGCGUAAUUAUUUGCUUGAUCGGUAGCACAGUUUUGAAUAUUGGAUUGAAUAUACAAAAAUAUGCGUUCACCAAGCAUCAAGAGGAAUUCAGUAAGCAAGAGUUGAUAGUGGAAAGUCUCAAUGAAGAGGUGACUAUCAAUGUGAGUGACGGAUCGAUCAAGCAGAAAGGAGGUUCGCCCUUAUCGUUAGGUGCAAAUGAAGUUGAACGUGGAGAGAUAAUCGUCGAAAAACGAACAAGUAUGGUUGAAAGCACGAGAGGAACAAGCAAUAAUAUCGAGCAUUCUCGAUUGUAUAAGAAAAUGGAAAAAUUUAUGUUUUGGAAGCAGAUUGUUGUGUCGCCAUUAUGGGUCGUUGGGUUUCUAAUUUAUUUAGUCGGCACGAUGAUGGGAUUCAUUGCCUUACAAUUCGCUCCGCAAUCCUUGAUCGCCCCACUUGGUGCCGUCUCACUUGUCACGAAUCUUUUAAUUGCACCCAUACUUCACUCCCAAAAAUUAACAUUUUUUGACAUUUUCGGUGUUGUCGUAAUUAUUGGCGGUAGCGUGGUGAUUACCGUGUUCUCUGGAGUUGUCUCUCAAGGUCAAUCAAACUACAAAUUGUGCGUCUUAAUGGCUUUGUUCCGGCGUCCUUCCACGAUCAUAUACCUUAGCAUAAUAUCCUGUUUCAUCGCCAUACUUAUUUUUUUUAUUAAAUUGGAGUCGAGAAAUGCUGAAACAGAUGUGGAUGAUUUCAGUACACCAGAGACAACUUCUGAGAAUCAUAAUGAUAGAAGUUCACUGGAAAAAUGGUCAAUACCGAAAUCAUCUGAGGAAAGGAAGAUGCAAAACGAAAUUUACCUCGAUGAUGACGAAAACAUUAAUAACAUAAGGAGUCGUAGAUUGACGUUAGUGUCAAUCGAGGAAAGAGAAGAAGAAAUUGAUAAUGUAGAUUGGAAUCGUAGGUACAGUGUAAAGAGCAAUGGAGAUAGUAAAAGCUUUUUGAUCAAGAGGCGAGGAUUUAGGGAAAAAUUCUUGUUACCAAUUGCAUACGCCGUGUUGGCCUCUAGUAUGGCGACACUGACGACCUUGUUUGCAAAGUCCCUGAUAAACCUAUUAACACAAACAUUUGUACAUCAAGACAAUCAAUUCAACAAUCUCUUAUCUUGGAUAAUACUGUUGGUGACAUCGGUGACUGCCGUUGGUCAGGUCUACUGGUUGAAUAUUGGCUUGAAGAAAUAUGACGCGUUGAUUCAGGUUCCAAUUUUCUUCUGUAACUGGAGCCUUUAUGACAUCAUCGGUGGAGGGAUUUAUUAUGACGAGUUCAAGAACUUUACAACCAUAAAAUAUCUUGAGUUUGCUCUUGGCGUUAUGAUGAUAUUUUUUGGCGUGGUAUUAUUAUCAAAGAGAUUAGCGAAAUUAACAAAGGAAGAGGAAGAGUUAAAUGCCAGUCAGAAAUUGGUUGAAAAGAAACUUAAAGAGAUGAAGCGCGAUAAGAACUCAAAGAAUGAAGACGUUUAA